GGAAAAAGUUGUAACCUGGAACACCUCAGAGGAGGAAGGAGAAGAGUUAAUUUCCUUCUUGGCCCUUAUCAGCAAUUAUGAGGAAUCAAAUCUUAGCCUUGAUAUAUUUUGGAUUCUCCCAGCAAAAGUCAUCUGGAAGAAGUCACAGUUUGAAAGUGGGAGCUGAGGAUAUCAAAAGCUGAUCUUCACCUUAAGGGAAGAAGAAGAAGAGAUUAAGGAGGAGGUUGAUGCUGUGCUUUUUCCAGUGGCCUGGAAGGAAUUAGGACACUACAGACUCCCCUUGCUUGCCUGAUGUGAAGGCAAAUCCUUCUCCGUUGUCAUCAGAUAAACCCAAAAAUUUGUUCUUCAAACUUGUUCUAAUUUUCUGCCAUGUAAGCUGCCAUCUUUUGUGUUUCACAGCAGAAGAGGAGCACGUGUAGUUUGCUGGAGUGUUUUUUUAACCGAAGUGUUGCAGUUGGAGGCAAACGAUCCUCUAGGAAGGAAGGAAGGAGUCGGGAUUCUGUGUGUGAAUACCAGGAUGUUCCUGCUGCACUGCCCGUUGCUGCUCCUGCUGCUGCCACUCAGCUCCAUGACCCAGAAGUUGCCUACCAGAGAUGAGGAACUCUUCCAAAUGCAGAUCCGGGACAAGGCUUUUUUCCAUGAUUCGUCGGUCAUCCCAGAUGGAGCUGAAAUCAGCAGCUACCUCUUCCGAGACACUCCAAAAAGGUAUUUCUUUGUAGUCGAAGAGGACAACACUCCCUUGGCAGUGACAGUGACACCAUGUGAUGCCCCUCUGGAGUGGAAACUGAGUGUGCAAGAGCUCCCAGAGGAAACUAGUGGAGAAGGUUCAGGUGAACCAGAACCUCUUGAGCAACAGAAACAGCAGAUCACUAAUGAGGAAGGCACAGAGCUGUUCUCUUACAAAGGAAAUGAUGUUGAGUACUUUGUGUCCUCUAGUUCCCCAUCUGGUUUGUACCAACUAGAUCUACUGUCGACAGAGAAAGAUACACAUUUUAAAGUGUAUGCAACCACUACACCAGAGUCAGACCAACCUUAUCCUGAAUUGCCUUAUGAUCCCAGGAUCGACGUCACUUCUCUGGGACGCACAACAGUGACACUGGCAUGGAAACCAAGUCCUACUGCCUCCUUACUGAAACAACCAAUUCAGUAUUGCAUAGUCAUCAAUAAAGAACACAAUUUCAAAAGCCUUUGUGCUGUUGAAGCCAAGCUCAGUUCUGAUGAUGCCUUCAUGAUGGCUCCAAAGCCAGGUCUGGAUUUCAGUCCAUUUGACUUUGCCCAUUUUGGCUUUCCCUCAGACAACUCUGGCAAAGAGCAUGGUUUCCUAAAGUCGUCAAAGUUUGGGCGCCAAACACCCUCAAAGCCAAGAGUCGACCUGCACAAAGUUUGCAUUUGGAACAAGAGCAUCUUCACAGUGUCAGACCUGAAGCCUGAUACACAGUACUACUUUGACAUGUUUGCAGUGAAUACCAACACUAACAUGAGCACCGCCUAUGUUGGCACCUUUGCCAGAACAAAGGAGGAGGCUAAACAGAAAACAGUCGAACUGAAGGAUGGCAAAGUUACAGAUGUGUUCAUCAAGAGGAAGGGAGCCAAAUUUCUACGUUUUGCACCUGUUUCUUCUCACCAAAAAGUCACCUUCUCCAUCCAUUCAUGCCUGGAUGCCAUUCAGAUCCAAGUUAGAAGAGAUGGAAAACUUCUCUUGUCUCAGAGUGUGGAGGGUGUGCGGCAGUUCCAGCUUCGGGGAAAAGCAAAAGCUAAAUAUCUCAUUAGGCUGAAAGGAAGCAAAAAAGGUGCUUCUAUGCUGAAGAUCCUGGCUACAACCAGGCCUAACAAGCAGUCAUUUCCUUCUCUCCCCGAAGACACACGAAUCAAAGCCUUUGACAAACUCCGCACGUGUUCUUCAGUCACGGUGGCAUGGCUGGGCACACAAGAGAGAAACAAAUUCUGCAUCUACAAAAGGGAAGUGGAUGAAAAUUACAGUGAAGAGCAGAAGAAAAGAGUACAGAACCAGUGCUUGGGUCCAGACACGAGGAAGAAAUCCGAAAAGGUUCUCUGUAAAUACUUCCACAGCCAGAACAUCCAGAAAGCGGUGACCACAGAGACAAUCAGAGGCCUGCAGCCUGGCAAGUCUUACCUGCUGGAUGUUUAUGUGAUAGGGCAUGGUGGGCACUCUGUGAAAUACCAGAGCAAAUUAGUGAAAACGAGGAAGUUCUGCUAGUGCCCCUGUACAUAGAAACAUAUGGAACUCCACUCUGAACAUUAUCCUGCUUCCAAGUAUACAGAUUGACUACUUGCACAGCUGAGAAGUUGUGACCUGUAUUUGUACUGUGUAGAAAAGAUAUCAGCUUGUAUAUUUAUGUUUACAUAAGUAAUUGUUGGAGGAACUGAGGCUGGUGCUCUCUGGUAGCAUCUGGCAGUGGUAUUCUCAUGUGUUCGGUGACCCACAAGUGAUGCUCAGUAGAUGUCCAAGGUAGCAGGAAACCUCAAAGGAACUGGCACUCCUUUGCUUCCGUAUUGCAUGAACUGCUUCUAAAUUAUUUUAUACUUAAAAGGCUGAGAUGCAUCAUUCAUCCACCUUGCUACUCACACAUCAAACUCACAGACAUACACCCUUUCUCUCAGUGUAGAUGGUAGGGUUUCUGUAAAUUAUUUUAUAGAGUCUUGUUUUAAAUGUUUAUGUUUCUAUGAUUGUAAACUAUUAAAAUCUCUCCCCAGUAAUAUACAGAUCUAAACUAAGUAUUAACAGGGCUGCACAUGGAGCAGCUUCAUUGCUAAUGUAAAUUCUUACCUAGCUGAUUUUCAUGUUUAAAUACUGUAUGUAUUUCAUGUACAGAGUUGCCAUAACGUUAUAUUCCUGUACAUAAAAUUAAAAAUAUUAGCUUAUA